AUGACGUCAGACAACCACCAGGACUGGACUUCCUGGAACCGCACAAUUUCCAUCCGUUCGCGCCGCGACCGUGAGCCAGCGAGCAACCGCCACCGCUUCAGCAUCGCAACGUUCCGUGGCCUCCAACAGCCCGAGCUCAGCAAGCGUCUAUCCCGCCUGAUCAAAUCGGAGAAUAGCGCAAUCGGUGCCCAUGAAACUGCCGGUCGCGAGCGCGGUUCCAUUGCCGCUCAGCUCUCGGAGUGGGGCGAGUCUACCGAGGACGACGCCAUCUCCGAUAUCUCGGACAAGCUGGGCGUCAUGCUUGCAGAGAUGGGUGAGCAGGAGGAUGUCUUUGCGCAGAACCUGGAGGACUACCGGAGUGUUCUGAAGCAUAUUCGGAAUAUGGAGGCUUCUGUGCAGCCGAGUCGGGAUCAGCGACAGAAGGUCACGGACGAGAUUGCAAAGCUCAAGUAUAAGGACCCAAAUAGCCCGCGCAUUGUUACACUGGAACAUGAGCUUGUUAGAGCCGAGGCACAGAGUUUGGUUGCUGAAGCGCAGUUGUCGAAUACGACCCGAACAAAGCUUAAGGAAGCCUUUGACAUCCACACUGCUGCUGUCAUCGAACGUGCUGAGAAACAGAUUAUUCUCGCUCGUCAUACACGCCGCCUGCUCAACUUCAUUGACGACAGCCCCGUUGUCCCUGGUGAUUCUCGUCGGGCCUACGACCAUGAGUUCGAAGCACGCGCAGUCCUCGAGGAUGCAGAGGCUGACCUACGGGCAUGGCACUCUACCGUUGAGCCCAUUACUUCUGCUGCUGAUGUCCAGGUGAAUGGACACGGUAACCACGUGCAUGAUGACAACGAGUCGGAAUUGACCAACGGCAUUGACACUACUGCCAUCCCUGAAGAUGUUACGCCUUCGAAGGAGAUGGAGGAGCCUGCAGUGUUGGCUUCUUAA